ACGUACUAUCACCUUAAACAAACACUGACUUUCUCUACAAAUGAUCUUUGUAGGACAGGAGAUGGCGGAAGCACCUCGGCCUCUAGCUCAACCUCCACUCAAGCAGGCAAUACCUCCACCUCUAGUCCAGGUACCAACUCCUCCUCCACAGCAGGCUCUACCGGCACUGCUGCUCCACCCACACAGACGCCCAACAUACUGACUGGCUUCGGUGACCUGGCCGGUCUGGCUGGAAUGGGCAUGGGCUCAGCUAACUUCAUGGAGCUGCAGCAGCAGAUGCAGAGGCAGCUCAUGUCCAACCCAGAGAUGCUGUCUCAGAUCAUGGAGAACCCGUUGGUGCAGAACAUGAUGUCCAACCCAGACCUGAUGAGACAGAUGAUUAUGGCCAACCCUCAGAUGCAGCAGCUGAUGGAACGCAACCCUGAGAUCUCCCACAUGCUUAACAACCCUGAGCUCAUGAGACAGACCAUGGAGCUGGCCAGGAACCCAGCCAUGAUGCAGGAAAUGAUGCGGAACCAAGACCGGGCUUUGAGCAACUUGGAGAGCAUCCCAGGAGGUUACAAUGCCUUGCGGAGGAUGUACACAGACAUCCAGGAACCCAUGUUCAGUGCUGCCAGGGAACAGUUUGGUAGCAACCCAUUCUCAGCUCUAGGAGGGAAUUCUGAGUCUGGUGCCCAGCCUUCAAGGACAGAGAACCGGGAGCCCCUGCCCAAUCCAUGGGGGCCACCAAAUUCUUCUAACUCAUCUGAGAGUGCAGGGGGAACCACAGGAAGCACUAGCACCACAGGGGGUACAACUCCCAGUGUGUCCAACCCUCUGGGCAUCAAUCCUGGCAGUUUGGGCAAUGGGAUGUUCAACAGCCCGGGCAUGCAGAGUUUACUGCAGCAGAUCUCGGAAAACCCUCAGCUGAUGCAGAACAUGCUGUCUGCCCCCUACAUGCGCAGCAUGAUGCAGUCACUGGCUCAAAACCCAGAGUUGGCCUCCCAGGUAUGAAACCGAAAGAUGUGUGCCCA